AUAAUAAUGUAAAAAAAAAAUGAUGUAAAGCGUGUGAUACAGAACUGCUGUUGGCAACACUGAUUCUUUUUCAGAAGGAAACCCUAGCAUUAACAAAAAGACAGAAAAUCAAUCCCAAUUCUUGAGAAUCAAGUGGCAGCAAUAGGAAUCAAUUCCGGUUGCAUGCAAUCCCAGUGAUGGCAAAUCUUCCGGUGGAAGUAAUCACCGAAAUCCUGUCCCGUCUGCCGGUGAAGUCAGUGCUGCGGCUCCGCUCCACCUGUAAGUGGUGGCGCUCCCUCAUCGACACCACCCACUUCAUCCUAUUCCACCUCAGCAAAUCCCACACCACCCUCAUUCUCCGUCACCGCUCCCACCUCUACACCGUCGACCUUCAAUCCCUCGAGAAACCCCUCGAAUUUACUCACCCUCUCAUGUGCUACAGCAACAGCAUCAAGGUUCUUGGUUCCUGCAACGGCCUCAUCUGUAUCUCCAACGUCGCCGACGACAUCGCCCUCUGGAACCCUCACCUCCGCAAGCACCGGAUUCUCCCCGCUGACCGCUUCAACCGCCCGGACUCCUCCCUCUUCGCAGCCCGCGUCCACGGCUUCGGCCACGAUGCUGCCUCCAAUGACUACAAGCUCGUCAGCAUUACUUACUUUGUCGAUCUCCACAACCGCACCUUCGAUUCCCAGGUCCAACUCUACACACUCAAAUCCGACGCCUGGAAAAAUCUCCCUAGCAUGCCCUACGCCCUCUGCUGCGCGCGGACCAUGGGCGUCUUGGUCGGCGGUGCCCUUCACUGGGUCGUCACUCGCAAACUCCAACCUGACCAACCCGAUCUCAUAGUCGCCUUUGACCUCACGCGCGAGAGCUUUCGUGAAGUUGAGCUCCCUGCAACCGUGAAGGGAAAUUUCGAUAUGGAGGUGGCUCUGUUGGGAGGGUGUCUGUGCCUGGUGGAGAAUAGGGGAAGCGGAUUUGACUUCUGGGUUAUGAGAGUGUACGGAUCCUCAGAUUCGUGGGAGAAACUGUUUACCAUAACGCAGGACCAUCUUCACAUUGGAUUGCCAAAAUUACAAUCUGUGAGGCCUUUGCUUAUAGACGGAGACAGGGUUUUGCUUGAACAGAACCGUAGCAAGCUCUGUUGGUAUAACCUCAGUAGUGGCGAUGUGAGUUUCGUUAAAAUACCCGGAAUCGGAAACUCCAUCGAAGGCACAGUUUGCGCUGGAAGCCUUCUCCCACCCACUCUACUGAACCUCCGUGACGAGAGCGAGAUGCACGAACUGGGCCACCAGAAGAAUAGGAAGAAAAGGGAUGACUUCCUGUCUAAGGGGUUCAAAUUGACGUUGCACCCUGGUUCAUGGGAAACACUUGGAAUGAUCAGUAACAAAACCACUCUUUUUAAUGCUAAUUUCUGGGACGUUCAAUUCCCUCCCUUUACUGCCCCGAGUUUUCUCAUGUUGUUUUUCUCAGGUUUGAAGAGGGACCAAAGUGAUCCAAGUUCCGAAUGUUCAAUAUCAAGAAAAACCUCAGUGCUGCGGCUCCGCUCCACCUGUAAGUGGUGGCGCUCCCUCAUCGACACCACCCACUUCAUCCUAUUCCACCUCAGCAAAUCCCACACCACCCUCAUUCUCCGUCACCGCUCCCACCUCUACACCGUCGACCUUCAAUCCCUCGAGAAACCCCUCGAAGUUACUCACCCUCUCAUGUGCUACAGCAACAGCAUCAAGGUUCUUGGUUCCUGCAACGGCCUCAUCUGUAUCUCCAACGUCGCCGACGACAUCGCCCUCUGGAACCCUCACCUCCGCAAGCACCGGAUUCUCCCCGCUGACCGCUUCAACCGCCCGGACUCCUCCCUCUUCGCAGCCCGCGUCCACGGCUUCGGCCACGAUGCUGCCUCCAAUGACUACAAGCUCGUCAGCAUUACUUACUUUGUCGAUCUCCACAACCGCACCUUCGAUUCCCAGGUCCAACUCUACACACUCAAAUCCGACGCCUGGAAAAAUCUCCCUAGCAUGCCCUACGCCCUCUGCUGCGCGCGGACCAUGGGCGUCUUGGUCGGCGGUGCCCUUCACUGGGUCGUCACUCGCAAACUCCAACCUGACCAACCCGAUCUCAUAGUCGCCUUUGACCUCACGCGCGAGAGCUUUCGUGAAGUUGAGCUCCCUGCAACCGUGAAGGGAAAUUUCGAUAUGGAGGUGGCUCUGUUGGGAGGGUGUCUGUGCCUGGUGGAGAAUAGGGGAAGCGGAUUUGACUUCUGGGUUAUGAGAGUGUACGGAUCCUCAGAUUCGUGGGAGAAACUGUUUACCAUAACGCAGGACCAUCUUCACAUUGGAUUGCCAAAAUUACAAUCUGUGAGGCCUUUGCUUAUAGACGGAGACAGGGUUUUGCUUGAACAGAACCGUAGCAAGCUCUGUUGGUAUAACCUCAGUAGUGGCGAUGUGAGUUUCGUUAAAAUACCCGGAAUCGGAAACUCCAUCGAAGGCACAGUUUGCGCUGGAAGCCUUCUCCCACCCACUCUACUGAACCUCCGUGACGAGAGCGAGAUGCACGAACUGGGCCACCAGAAGAAUAGGAAGAAAAGGGAUGACUUCCUGUCUAAGGGGUUCAAAUUGACGUUGUGAGCUCGAGCAAAAGAAGAGGACACGGUAUACAGCUGAAACUGGUUUGUCCUGUGAAUUGAAUUGUCUCUUGUUGUGAGAUUAGGCACCCUGGUUCAUGGGAAACACUUGGAAUGAUCAGUAACAAAACCACUCUUUUUAAUGCUAAUUUCUGGGACGUUCAAUUCCCUCCCUUUACUGCCCCGAGUUUUCUCAUGUUGUUUUUCUCAGGUUUGAAGAGGGACCAAAGUGAUCCAAGUUCCGAAUGUUCAAUAUCAAGAAAAACCGUACAUAAGUACAACCUGUUCAUACCAACAAGGAUAAAGAAGAUGCGCCAUGGCCAGUUAAGUUUGUAAUAAGUUUAACCACACAGUGCUACAAACUUGAGUUCACUGAUCCAUGGGUGAGGGGUAUGCAUAUGUGCAUUUAAUGGUUGAAGCUACCCACGUAUACAAUACAAGCCACUUUAAUAGGUAUAUCUCACGUACAGUUUUACAUGAAUAGUGCUCUGUUUGAAGAAAGUGAGUUUUGUUCGCACGAUUGAGAAAGGAAUCGGAACACUUGGAUUUUCUUUCCUGGAUAACUCAAGGAACAAAUUACUGAAGUAAUCUGGUUUUUUAGAGUUACUGAAUUUUAACUACGGAUAUGGACACUCUUUUCACGUUAUAGACAGAAUUAUGGAUCACAUGUUUUACUUUUAGGAUUUCUUUUUGUACUUUAAU